UUCAAAACACCGUGUCAGUUGAGUUUUGACAGUAAGCUCGCUGUGCGUUUCUGCAACCAACACACGGCUUUUCGGUGAAAUUUAAAGCCGUGCGUUCCAUCACUGACUCCAAGAGAAGGCAGGCGGCCAGGAGUGUGUCCAGCGAGGGAGCGAGGGAGCGGGCGAUCUCUCUGAGGUUGUCAGCCGUCCUGGAUGCUCCGCAGGGGGCCGCGUACCAGGUCUCGGUUCUGAGGGCCGUGCCCGGGUCUGCAUGGGGCACUCUGGGGUGACAGCCCGCAAUCCGGGGAAAUCGCAGGCUCCUCUGUCCUCCUUUUGCUGUUGUCCCUGUGGAUGCCUUUCCGGUUGUCUCCAGUGUUCCUGCUGUUUCCCGCCGGGUGUGGUGGGCUGCACCUUUGUUGGGCGACCCGGAGAGCCGCCUCUGGACCUGGGCAGCAUUCCCUGGUUGGGCCACGCCCUGGAGUUCGGGAAGGAUGCGGCCGGCUUCCUGGCGAGGAUGAAGCAGAAACACGGGGACAUCUUCACGGUGCUGCUGGGGGGCAGGUACGUCACGGUCCUCCUAGACCCGCACUCCUACGACGCCGUGGUGUGGGAGUCGCGCGCCAAGCUGGACUUCCACGCCUACGCCCUCUUCCUCAUGGAGCGGAUUUUCGAUGUGCAGCUGCCUCACUACAGCCCCAGCGAUGAGAAGGCCAGGAUGAGGCCGACGCUCCUGCACAGGGACCUGCAGGCGCUCACCGAGGCCAUGGACGCCAACCUCCGCACCGUCCUGCUGGGUGACACUGCGGCCGCGGACGGCAGCUGGCACGAGACGGGCCUGCUCGAGUUCGCCUACGGCACCCUGCUCAGGGCCGGCUACCUUACCCUGUACGGAGUUGAGGCAUCGCCACGCACCCAGCAGAGCCAGGCGCAGGACCGCGUCCACUCGGCCGACGUCUUCCACUCUUUCCGCCAACUCGACCUGCUGCUCCCCAAACUGGCUCGCGGCACCCUGUCGGCAGGGGAUAAGGACCUCGCGUGCAGCGUCAAAAGUCGCCUGUGGAAGCUGCUGUCCCCCACCAGGCUCGCCACCCGAGCCCACCGGAGCAGCUGGCUGGAGAGCUACCUGCUGCACCUGCAGGAGAUGGGCGUGUCAGAGGAGAUGCAGGCUCGGGCGCUGGUGCUGCAGCUCUGGGCCACGCAGGGGAACAUGGGCCCCGCUGCCUUCUGGCUGCUGCUCUUCCUUCUCAAGGGUCCCGAGGCCCUGGCUGCUGUCCGCGGGGAGCUGGAGCGCGGCCUGGAGCAGCCGGACUCGCGGAUGGCUGCCCUGCCGCAGAAGGUUCUAGACGACACACCUGUGCUGGACAGUGUGCUGAACGAGAGCCUCAGGCUCACGGCCGCGCCGUUCAUCACCCGAGAGGUCAUGUUGGACCUGGCCUUGCCCAUGGCCGAUGGGCGGGAAUUCACCCUGCGACGUGGUGACCGCCUCCUUCUGUUUCCCUUCUUGAGCCCCCAGAAGGACCCAGAAAUCUACACGGACCCCGAGGUGUUUAAGUACAACCGGUUCCUGAACGCUGACGGCUCGGAGAAGAAGGACUUCUACAAGGACGGAAAACGACUGAAGAAUUACAGCAUGCCUUGGGGAGCGGGGCACAACCAGUGCCUGGGCCGGACCUACGCCACCAACAGCAUCAAGCAAUUUGUGUUCCUGGUGCUGCUGCACUUCGACCUGGAGCUGCUGGACGCUGGGGCCGAGCUGCCCGAGUUUGACCUCAGCAGGUACGGCUUCGGCCUCAUGCAGCCGGAGCGCGACGUGCAGGUGCGCCUCCGCCUCCGGCCCUGAGACCCCCGAGACGUGCCCACCGCCCGCCGGCCGGCCCCACCUCCCACCUGGCCAGGCCAGAAGAGCGGUGCAGGCCUCAGGCCUCCUGCAGGGGGCGCCAGCUGUGGCCACAGCCCGGUCUGCUUUGUGCGGGACACGUUUGCCUUAGUUGUCGUCGUCGAAUCAUCUUUGGGAGACUUGAAUUCCAAACGUCCCUUUUCUUGGGCGCUUGAAGACUGGGCCAUGCUGGGCCCCCGUGGCCAAGGGUGGCUGCUGGCCGGAGCUUGUGGGGGACACGUGCUCUCUGCUUCUGCAUUCGGUGCUGACUCAGAGGCGCCGUUGUAGGAGGUGGAGGGAGCCAGCCAAACUCACCCCAGCCUGGGUGCACUGCUCGGAACAGAUCAGAGAUGCACACUUGGCUUUGCCUCGGCUUUAGAAAACAAGCAGCUUAGGGGCCGGCGCUGUGGCAUAGUGGGUAAAGCCGCCACCUGUGGUGCUGGCAUCCCAUAUCGGCGCCGGUUCAAGUCCCAGCUGCUCCACUUCCAAUCCAGCUCUCUGCUGUGGCCUGGGAAAGCAGUAGAAGAUGGCCCAAGUGCUUGGGCCCCCACACCGUCGUGGGAGACCUGGAAGAAGCUCCUGGCUUCGGAUUGGCCUAGCUCUGGCUAUUGGGGUCAUUUGGGGAGUGAACCAGCAGAUGGAAGGCCUCUCUCUCUCUCUGCCUCUGCCUCUCAAAUAAUAACUAAAUAAAUUUUAAAAGAAAACAAGCAACUUAAAGGAGAAAAAAUCCUGCAAGCCUUGAUUUGGAUGGUAGGUCUUGUUAGUAAGACUGGGACCUGCUUUCGGCGUACCCUUUCAGUGCCUGCCACAGGCACAGUUGGCACUGUGUGUGCACCCCUGGCCCCACAUUUGUGGGGAGACAAUGGCUGUGCCCACUGUGCAGAUGAGAAGACCGGCUCAGAGAAGUGAAGUGCCUGCGUCACACAGCUCGUAAGCCAGUGGGACGCAGUCUUUUGUCUGUCUGGACAGUUCUGCAUCCCUUGGGCCCCAGGGGCGGCAGUGGGGGCAGGGGGUGGCUGUUCUACAGCACAGGACAGCUGACAGAGCUGUGUGCUUCCAAGGGUGGCUGCAGCCCACAAGAUGCAGAUACACGCAUAGCUGCUCUCCAGGGCCACGUCUGGCCGUGGGGGCUUUCCAGGCACCUCCCGUGUUCCCAGGCAGACACCGUGAUUGGCAGGAGGCCGGAUAUCCCCAGGGAAACCCAUCUCCACGCCUGGGUGACCCUGCUGCCGCCUGCCUCUUCACUCUGCAGGCAAUCAGAGCUGGCAGUCUCCUGUGGGAGGCUGGCGCUGGUUUCCAUGGCAACCCGCAGCUACCGCCCCGUGGCUUCAAAGCGCAGGAAGAAAGUGGGCAGGCGUCGCUGCGGGGCUGCGACCCCGGUGCGGUGCGGAAGGCCCCGGUCAGACCGGGGCUCUCGCCCGCUGAGACUGGAGUCGCACCUGCGCUCCCGCAGGGCCGACUCCCUUUACAGGUGGCACCUGCUCGGAGAGCCACGAUCGGAAGGGAGUUAGCCACAGGGAGGUGGCCUGGAUGUUACCGUGUCCCCUUGUCACCGCUGUGAGGAUCCCGAGACGGCGGGACGCUUGUUAGGAGGAUUUCAUGCAGUGUCCCUGUACCACGGUCAUUGUUACAGUGUCAAGGCUACAUUUUGUAUUGUUUUUACUUAAUAGUCUCCUAUAGACAGAUUCACCUUUGAAAAUUAAGAAUUUGUUUAAAAGGGGAGCUUUUUGCAUCGCUUGGAAGUGGACAGCGUGUCUCGCUGGCUGUGAACAGAAUCUGCUGGGGCUGAGGCCCAGAGCCUGCCGGCCGUCUUGGCUACACAGCGAGCAGGUGCCAUGCCAGCGUCUCCCUGAGUCUUUGUCUUUGACCAUCCCCAGGGGCCGGAAAGGACAGGAAGAGGGGCAAGCUGCUCCCUGGAGGGGCCACCAGGGCCGUCUCCUCCCCCAGGGGGCCACCCCAGAAGCUGGUGACAUCCUACCCGCCCCUUUCCUGAGGGUCAUUGGUUCUGAUGGAUUUUCUUGUGUAAACACCACGCCCCCUGAGCAGCAGCCAUUGUUAAGCUUUGCUACUGUAAUAAAGAGUUCUAUUUUCAUAUAACACUGACAAAUGGAAACGUGCUGAAAUCGAUUAAACCAGCCUUGUUUGUGGA